AGCUGUGAGGGGAACAGCGCUGGUGUAACCGCCGGGCUGAUUCCGCGCUGCUGAUUCCGGGGUGGUUACGCAGUGUCUGUGUUGCUAACGUGACAGAAAAGGAGAAGGGCAGUGGCAGCAGCCACAGUGCUAACUAACGGAUAUAACUUACCUUAGUAACCCAGCCCGAGAAAGUCUGAGAAAAGUUAUUAGCUUUAUAAUACGAGCCAUGAGCUGAUACACUUCAGGCUUUAGUUAACUAACUUACACAAAGUUUUUAUAUAUGAAAUUAGUUUGGAAAUUAAGAUUUUAAGCGACUGCUGAGGCUCGGGUAAGAUGGACGGUAACCUUACGGAAAUGUUAGAAGAAUUUAUGGGAAGCGCACUUGUUACAUGGGUGUAUCUGUUUAAAGACAUGGUGGAUGAUGAGGGAAACGGCCCCUUCUCCCAGGACUACAUGGAAGUGAACUCCAACCCCCAUAAUGCAGUGCAGCAGUAUCUGCGCCUCACCGACGGCAUCUACCUCAAUGAAGUCAUGAGAAUCAUUGACCCAAAUCCAAAAGUAGAGCAAAUCUAUCACAAUGUGCAUGAUGAUAAGAUACUCCGAGUUCAGAAUUUCUCCAUCCUUAAUCGGCACCUCAGGUCCUACUAUCAGGAAAAUCUUCAGCAACUUGUUUUGAUGCCUCUUCCGAAUGUGGCUGUUUUGGGACGAGACCCUCUUACAGAGGGUGCUGUGGAGGAACUAAGAAGGCUGCUGCUGCUAUUACUGGGAUGUGCUGUGCAGUGUGAGACGAAGGAAACCUUUAUCCAGCAAAUCCAGUCACUCAACAUUGAAACCCAGGCAGCUCUUGCUCUCUGCAUUCAGGAGGUGACUCAGGACCCCAGUGCUGUGCUGCCGCUGCAGUACGGGGAUGUGUGUGGGCUGGAGGGAGUGGAUAUGCAGGUUCUGCUUGGUUCCCUGGCCCGACAGAUUCAGACCCUACUGGCUCAGAGAGAUGCACAUCUUGAGAGGAUUGUAGAACUGUGUGAGCAUCGUGAAUCUGGAAAAUCCCCAACAGUGCCCCAUUCGGGACUCUGGGACAACGCUCCUGAAGGACUGUCAAUACAACUGGCAGACAGCAAAGCAAAAUUACGUCGACUCAAACAGGAACUGGAAGAUAAAGAAGAUCAAAUUCUGGAUUAUAAGCAAGAAAUGCAAACAAUGGAAGAAGAACUAAAGAAACUACAGUGUGAGAACCGGGCGUUGCAGGGCGAGGUUCGUGUUAGUCGAGGGCUACGUGAUGAACUGGACUGUCUGCGUGAGCGAGCAGCUAGAGCAGAGCAGCUACAGACAGAGCUGAAAACCUGCACACAUCGUCUGCGCAGCAUGGAGCUCUACCGCACUCAACUGAAGGAGCAGCAGCAGUACUGUGCCUCUCUGCAGGAGAACAAGGCUCUCCUGGAGGAGCAGCUAGCUGAUGCACGGGCACGGUGCUCUGCUCUACGGGAGCUGGAGAAGGACAAUCUUCUACUACGACAGAAACUCAUGGAUAUGGAGGGGGAGCGGGAUGUGGAGAGACAGAGGGUAGAUGAGUUGUUGGAGAUGAACAUGGGUCUGCAGGUGGAAAUGAAGCGCCACUCUCACUCUGCUGAUGUCAUUCGGAGUAUGACUCACUCUCGAGUCCUACAGUCAGAGCUGGGGUCUGAUGAAGAGCUUCAGGAGUUCAAGAGCCCUCCAUCUCCUGAGGUGGACCUUAAGCCCCUGAGUGUCGAGGUGGAUGAAGCAUCCUCGCUGAGACUUCUGGGAGCUGAAAAUGAAAACGCAGAGCUUAGAAGAAGACUGGAGCUUCUGCAGGCCGAGCAGGAGGCCAAUUCCCCUGAGGUGAAAGAGGCUCUGCAGGGACUGACAGACAGACUCACACAACUGCAGGACGAGCACCAGAAUACACUCAGAGAGUUUCAGAACAUGAAGAAUGAAAAUACCACUCUGAAGACAAGCCUUGAAGAGCUGAAGAAAGUCCAGAGACUCCAAGAGAAGGAGAGAGAGAAUGAGAGGUCAACCAAAAAAGUGGAGAGAGUGAUUCUGAGAGGAGAGUGUGAAGGAAAAGACAUGGCAAGGAUAAAGGAGGCUGGCAGAGCAGAGGAAAGAAAAGAAGACAUUAAGAGACCGCAGAGAGAAGAAGGAGAGGGAGAAGAGGUACGACUCAGAGAAAGAAAAGAGGAGGCUAAAGAUGAAGCGGGAAGGAAAGAAAGAGGAGAAGCAGAGGGAGAGAAAGAAAUUGAGAGACAGAAAGAAAAAUCAGAAGACAGGUCAGCAAAGGAUAAAAGCCAGACAGAUAUACAGCAGCCCACACAGACGGAAGAUCAAAAAGAAGAGGUGAGAGAGCUAGAUGAGAAGCUCAGACAGGAAACCUUGACUCUGUCUGCUCAGCUCCAGAAGGCCAUGGAGGAGGCAGACCGGCAGGCAGCUCUGGUUCAGGAGCUGCACUCCAAACUUGGGGAGCAGAUCAAGAAGACCCAGGAGGGAGAACAGAAACUGCUUCUUGUGGAGGCUGAGAGUCAGAGACUGAGGAAAGCAUCAGAGAACCUUACAGAAGCUAGAAAAAAGAUAGAGAGUUUGCAGUGUGAAUCUAUGCACCAGGAGGAGGACCUGAUGCGUCUCCGCAGUCAGGUAGAGCUGCAGAAGAUGGAGGCUGCAGUAAUUCCUCAGUUAGAGGGCGAGAGAGCUAAACUAGAGAGAGAAAGAGAGACUCUCAAGGCUACCAUAGAUUGUCUCAGGGCCACAGUGCGCAAGGGUGAUCAGCUGGAGUUGACCAAUCAGACUCUUAAAUCUGAGCUUGAGCGUUUAGGGCGGAGCUUAGAAUCUGCCCGCCGAAGAGAAGAGGAGUUAGAGGCUGAACUAAAGGAGUCUGGUCUUGAAGUAGAGUCUCUGAACAGAAGGCACGAUCAGGCCAUGCUGGAGGUCACAAGGUUGGAGCAAGAGAAGGAAGCGUGUCAGUCUGAACUGGACAGCCAGCGGCGUGAGCAGAGACAGAGGGAGCGAGAGAUGGCCAGACUCAGACAGCAGCUGGAGAGCACUGCCUCAGCCCUGGAACAUGGUAACCAGAGGGCCUGCAGCCUGGAGCUCCAGCACAGACGAGUCUGUCAGGAACUCAGCCAGCUUAAAGAGACCUGCUCUAAACUGGAGGAACUGCAAAAGGAGAACCAACAGCUAAAUGCCCUAAAUGCUGACAGGAACACACAAAUCACCUCAAUAACACAGGAGCUAGCCACUGAGAGAGUCCAGUCCCAGCAGUUGUCCAAUCAGAUUGCCAAUCUGAAUCAGUCUCUUAAAGAGAUGGAUGCCAAGCUUAAAGAGGCCACCUCACAACUUCAGCUGCAAACUAAGCUUUCCAGAGAAAUGUCUGAGGCAACUUCCUCCACAUCCAAUGUAGCCACAGAGACGGUAGAAGAAUCUAGACCAAACAGGCAGUCUCCAACUCCAAAGAAAGAAAGCAAUGAGGAGGCGAAUAUCUGCUCUGUGAAUCAGAUCUCAGACAGACACAACUCUCUCUGUGCUUCAGAGGACUUAAAAACCUCUAUGGAGAAACCUCAGAGUGCUGAUACCAACAGAGAGGGACAGGAGCCUGUCAGUGAGAGACUGAUAACCCUGGAGAAAGAGAAUGGGAUGCUACUGCGAGAGCGGGACGUGUUGCUUUCACAGCUGGCCCAGUCUCAAACAGCCUGCUCUCAACUGCGAGAACAGCUGCACACAGUGCAGCGUCACUCCAUCUGUCUGCAGGAGAACUGCACCAAACUACAGGACCUCAACACAAAACUGCAGGUAGAACAGGCUUCUCUAAGCUCCCAGCAUGCCUCUGUGCUGGCACGGUGCAGAGAGAGUGAGGUGCGCUGUGCCACUCUGGAGGCGGAGUCUAAAGUUUGGCAGAAGGAGAGGGAAGAGUCAUUUGUGCGGGUUGAGGCUUUAAGGCGGGACCAUGAGAGAUUGACAGCUUUGCAGCAGAGACAAGAGGCGGAGCUAGAUGAACAACUGGACAAAUACAGCAAGCUAAAGAGCAGCAGCCGGAGUAUGGAGGCACAGUACAAGGACCUUGAGGCCAGGCAUAAAGAGCUGAUGGAGAGCAAAGCACAGCUGGAGGAGGCAGACAGAGCGAUACAAUUGGAGAGAGAGAGGAUGGAAAGAGCAAUGCAAGAGCGGGCGGAGAGAGAGAAAGAUCUGGAGCGGCUGAAAAUGGAGAACGACAGGUAUGUGAACUUGCAGAAGGAGCAGGUGCAGUCAGAGUUAUUGGCCCAGAUAUCAGUCCUGCGCGGUGACAUGAGCUCAGUCCAGCUAGAGCGGACCAGAUUGGAGGGUGAACUCAGCAAACUGAAAGAGCAGAACCAGCAGCUGGACCUUAACAACGUCCGCCUCAACAGCCAAUACCAGCUUCUUACUCAGUUAAAGGGGAAUAUGGAAGAGGAGAACAAGCACCUGGUGGAGCAGAACCAGGCUCUGGCUAAAGAGAACAGGGCCUUAAUGGAGCGCAGCCUGGAGAGCAGAGAUCAACACCACAACCAACAGAGAGAGUAUCUUGAUAAAUUGAAUGAGCUCCGCCGGGAGAAGCAGAAGUUAGUAGAAAAGAUAAUGGAUCAGUAUCGGGUUCUGGAGCCUGGCGUGCCUGCACCCAAACAAGUCAAAAAAUCCAACUGGAUUGCGGAUCGUAUGAAGAAGCUAAUAAAGCCUAAAGGAAUCAGAGAAGGUCAGGCCAAAUUCAUCGCUGCCGGCAGCAUAGAGAACCUGGCAGACAUCGGAGAUGCACCACCCUCCUCUCCAGCGCACAUUCAUGAGGUAGACCCCCGCAGUGCACCAGUUUCCCCCACACCCCUGCGGAGGGUGUCCUCUCAGGGAGAUACAGAAGAACAGCCCAAAGUGGUGGUUCGGUCAGCGCGUCGUAAGCUGGGCUCCAGACACGGUUGGGGGAUGAGCCGGGGCAGAGAGGGGGCCGUGUCCCAGUCCUUCAGUCCAGGAGACCAGCGUCCCCUGCCCCGCGGCCGCUUCCGCACACCGUCCUCCGCACUGUGGGAGAAGGAGAAGGACAGCAGCCCUUCACCCAGUGAGGAGGGUAGAGGUGUUUCAGGUGAGAGUGAAGAGAAUCUUACGCUUGAGCACUCAGACGUUAGCCGUGUCUCCUCUGGAGCUGAAGAUUUCCAUUCCAGCUUUGACAAACCCAUGGAUUAGGAACAAGAAGAAGAUACGUACGACUGUAGUAAUAAUUAUUUUUUAUUUACUUUUUUUGACUGUUUUUAUUCAGCAUUUAUAUGAUGUACAUUGGCUAUUUUAUGGGCGUAUAUGAGCACUGUCCAGUGCAUUGCUGGGUUUUGCCACAGUCUUGUUUGCACUAUAAAUUAAAACAGAUGUAUUUUAAGUAAAGCUUGAAUAAAUAUUUUUUUGUACAUUU